AUGCCACACAGACUGGAGAUUUUCAACUCACUCGGGAGCUGCGAGGAUGGGCACUUCCUGGUCCAGUACAGGCUCAGUGACAGAAUUGGAGUUGUCAUGGACCCACUGUGGUCUCCCUCUAGGUCUCUCACCCUCUCUCUAUCCUCACCAAAGCUGUUUAGGCUACUUUGCGCAUGUACGGCUAGUCAAACCGAGAAUUGCAUCGACACCAAGAUGGCGAAAACACGUCUGGCUUGUCUCCUGACUCUCCUCUCAACUCACUGCUACUUCAGCGCGUUAGCAGUGGUACUGAAAACAAAUAACAAAUCACCGUGGACAAACGAAUUUGAUAAAAUUGAGUUAUCAUGUAUGAUUGAGUCCAUUUCUACAACCAAUCCCAGAAUUGAAUGGAAGAAGAUAACAAAUGGGGGACCAAGUUAUGUGUACUUCGACAAGAAGAUCUCAGGUGACCUGGAAAACAGGGCUGUGAUCAGAGAACCGGCCACGUUACUGAUAACAAAUGCCACAAGAUCCGACACAGCCAAGUAUCGUUGUGAGGUCACCGCUCCCGAUGACCAGAAGUCAUUUGAUGAGAUUGUGAUUGACCUUGUUGUAAGAGUAAAGCCGGUGGUGCCAAAAUGCAGCGUUCCAAAGUCUGUGCCUUUCGGGAAGCCAGCUGAGAUGAGCUGCAUGGAGGAGGAGGGCUUUCCCAAGUCUCAGUACCAGUGGUUCAAGAACAAGGAGGAAAUUCCCAUUGACGCAAAAACCAGCCUCAAAUUCGUGAACUCCUCAUACACGCUCAGCGUGGAAACAGGAACUCUGAAAUUUAGUGAAGUCAGAAAAGAAGAUGCAGGCGAGUACUUCUGCCGAGCGAAGAACGACGCAGGAUACGCUGAGUGUGCGGCCCAGACGAUGGAAGUCUAUGAUAUUGAUAUCGUGGGGAUCAUACUGGGAGUGCUGGUGGUGGUCAUAGUGCUGUUAUGUAUAACAGUGGGGAUCUGCUGCGCAUACAAACAAGGCUACUUCUCCAGCCAAAAACAGACGGGGAACAAUUACAAAGUUCCAGCUAAAGGAGACGGAGUGGACUACGUCAGGACGGAGGAUGAGGGGGACUUCCGACACAAGUCGUCGUUUGUGAUCUGAAGGUGACGAGGACAUCGAGGGCCGUUGUGCUGAGUGGAAGACGUGACACGUGGGCAUGCCCUCCACGCCGGCGGACCACGGAGCUGCCACUGUUCACGCUCUGAGCUCGCAGCAUGACUGGAAUCCAACUACUCACAUUUGCCAAAGGUGACAGGAACUCGCAGGACAACAUGUAAAAAUAAUACAUGCUUAGGGACUGAGAAUAAUUUAACUUUUAUCAUCUUCAGCUGAGUUUAUUUGCAAAGUUAUGGUUCUUACUUUAAAGUUAUUGCAUGGUUCUAAACACUAACUGAGGUGGAGGAAGAGGAGGCUCCUUCCUCUGCAGGCAGUCUAUCAUGGCAACUUUCUACUGUAAACAUUUUGCUUCAAACUUCUCGUCCUUUGUAUAACAUUUCUUUUCUACUGUUAAAAUUUGUCAGACUAUUUUUGAUGGAAGAUAUUUUAAAAUGCCUAUAGAUAAAGGUUUACUUUUUUAAAUAUUUGUAAAAUACUAACAUUUGUUUCAUUUUGUUCUUUUUUUUCUUUUCUUGGGUUGUGGAUAAAAACAUGUAACACUUUAACCACUUUGCAUCAAGCUGUAAGCAUUUACACGUUUUCAAAAGAAAGAAAGACAAAAAAAACUUGUAGUUGCAUAUCAAGAUGUGCAUCCUGAUCGGUGGUCUUACAUAUUGAAUAUCUCUGCUGGGGCCCCCCCACGCUCUGUUGUGAGAGACUUCCACGUUCACGUUUGUAGAUAGUCUUAGUAUGAUGCUUUGAAGAGUGCCAGUCAAAUGCUGUGAAACACUGUACACAAUCAGUGCUGCGUUUUUCUUUAUUUUAAGUGUCCUUCUAUGCUUGCUGUUAAUCUUGUAAAUAUUGCUGUCAUACAUACGGUCUAUGUUCAGUAUUACAAUAACAACAAGAGUGAUAAUAAUAAAGUGUGUGUAAGUUAACCUUCCAGACUCAAGGGAAACAUUUUUAACUGAUAAAAAGCUAAAUUUAUUACUGAAAAGAUCUUUUAGAAAAUAAAUUAUCUCUGUUAUUAGGACUUAUUCUAACUUCUUACUCAUGACAGACUACUGAAGGUAUGAAAUGCCCAAAAGAUAAUCUUCUAAGUUUGGUUGCACUAACGAACCUCCAGUUUAACAAAUCCAGGAGGACGAUGAGAAGCUAAUCUGGUUACUAAAUCCAAAUUUGACAAUUAAACUUUAAUCAUUGCAGAGAUCUUUGCUCACCUGAAUUGUCUGGGCUGAUUAAGUAUUAAAAGAAAAGGUGGAAACAUUUAUCUUCUUCUCAAAAAAACACUGUUUGCCAGCUUGAUAAAAAGUUCAACUCCAGUAGAAGUCGGAGUCUUUAUUUGUUCCCCACAGUGUUCCAGACUAAAUAAGAUGGGGUGCACCUUUUCUCUUGGGGAGCAACCUGUAGUGGUCAUCAAACCUUUUCAAUGUUGUCUAGAUGACCUUUACUCAUCUUUGAUCGCCUGAAGGAAAAAGUGCUUCCUAUUCAGGCAAGAUGAAGAUAUAAGCUCAGCAGUGGGAAGUCUGAUCAGUCCGUCUGACUUUAUUCAAGGAGCCUCAUUAAGUUAAAUAGAGGAGACAUUUUAGAUGUUUUUUUUCAAUCUCAGCUCAGUUUAAGAUUGUUUUAAUUCUUUGGUUAAACUUUAAUCAUGAUUUUAAAAAAUUAAUCAUUUUCAUGCAACCAAGCCUCCAUUUAUUUUUAUCUUUUUUUAAUGGAUCCUCAUUGUUGGUCCUCUCAGCAAAGCUGAAGACAAACAGACCUGAUCCUGGUUCAGUUACAGUGAAAUACAUCUGGAAGGAGUCUGGAGGGUUGACAGCUGUACUGAUUGUAAAUAAGUAUUUCUGUUUUCUUGUUUUUGUUUUGGUUUUUUUCUCUCACACAAGAUUAUGUAAGUUGGUGACAAAUGAAAAAAAUUGAGGCGAUAUGAAACUCUUUCCAUUUUUAAGACUGAAAAAGUUAACAUUUCAUCAGAUCAUCAGAGGGAGUUAAAUCAUUCUUUAGAGAAAACAUCUCUCUCUCCAAACAGAUCUUUAAAAAUAAAAACAGCCUGAGUCUUGUCAGUUUUCAUAUAAUUUUCUAUUGUUUAAUAAUCAGCAGGUGGUGAAAUGUUAACUGAAUAUCAGUCGUGGGAGAGACGAUCUGCCCACCGUUUGCACAUCAGCAUCCUCACACUUAAGUGAGCACAUCACAUUGAGGAACCAUCAUGUCAAAAAGCAGUUUGCCCAAUAAGGGAUGCAACAGGAUCGUAACGCGAGAUCUAAGCUGUACAGCAUACAUUUACCCUCCUCAUGUGUACAAACUUCAUUCCUCUUAAGUGCCUUCAGAGUUGUCCAUUUCCCCCACAGCUCCUCACCUUCAGAGGCUUUUCCUUUCCCGGUUCUUUAACCAUAAGCAUGGCGUUUGAGAGGAAUGAUGCUACAGCAAAUUCCGACUUCCCUUCGUUACAUAUCUGCUCAUUUUUGUAAAUAGUUUUUUUUUUGUUGUUGUUGUUGUUUUUCAUAGAUUUGAAGGUGUAGACAUGUUGAAGUAGAAAUUGAAAAUAUUAGUGCCUAUAUAUAUAUAUAGUGGGACAUAUUUUGGUAAAGACACAUAGCACUAUCAGGCCGAACAGACAAAAACUAAAUAAAAAGGAAAAAAAGAUGAGAAAAAGAAAAAAAAGAAGUAAUUGAUAUUCAGAGUAGAGACGUUUUAACGACCUGGUUUACAGCAGGUGCAUUUGUGCUGUUAAUGUCCAAACAAAGAGCUGAAUCUGUGUUUGCUGAGGUGUCAGACAGGUGGAGUACAGGUGGACCUGCUCAUAUGAACCAAAGUUCAUGCAAAGUGUCGACUCCCUACACGACAUUUGACCCACCUGAACAAGUGUGUGCAGACUGGUUGGAUGUUUGGAGACAAAACUGGUGAGGACUGCAUUUCCACAUUAGCUCUAUCUGUCCAGGAUAGUUUCCAGUUUGUGUUACUGACUAACAACUGGUCCGUCAUGACUCUGGACUAAAUGUGCAUACAGGAGAAUGUCAAUACGGGGCCUGCUGGGGUUGCUUUCGUUCAUUUUAGAGACACUAUUUGUGAUUAAUAAAAUAAAACUCACUUCUUAUAUUAUCA